AUGUGCUCCUUCAUCCUCCAGCGCAGUAUCUGCAAGGACUGCCGCACCCCCCUCGAAGUUGACCGGGUAGACCACCUAUCCUGCGGUAAACCCCCAAAGAGGUGCCCGGGCACGAAGAAGAGGGGAGUCUCCGUGCGCCAUGUUGAUGCCGCAGAGUGCAGCAAAUGCGUCCUGGAAGUGAUGGAGGCUGAGGAGCUCGCGCGGCAGGAAGAAGAAGAAGAAGAGGAGGAGGAGGAGGAGGAGGAGGAGGAGGGGGACCUGCUGGGCUCGGGUUCGCCGCCGCUUAGGCCCAUGAAGCUCGGAGACUGGAUGAUUGACAUCUCGGAACUAGCACAAGAUGUGUGA